AUGUGUAGCGCAGUCAGUAACAGACGGUUUGAGGAUACAUCUUUGCACGAGCAACUUCCAAGAGACGUUAAGCCUGUCCACUAUAACAUCUUCUGCCACAAUAUUGACUAUGAAAAAAAUCUGUUUGAUGGAACUGCAACAAUCGACUUUGAGGUCUUCAGCAAAACUAAGUCCAUAAUUUUAAACCAAAAGUUUCUCUCUUUCAACAAGGUAGUGUUGAAGACCUCCAAGGGAGAAGAAGAAGUCGAAGAAGUUAUCAAAGAUGAUGCCAACGAAACUGUCGAAUUCAAGCUCAGCUCCGAGAUUGAUGCUGCAUUGAAGUCCGUACAAGUGGUUGUCGAUUACAGCGGUAUCAUUCGUACAGACAUGGCAGGAUUUUACACCUCCAACUACAAAAACGAGAAGGGAGAAACCAAGUACAUCUUGACAACCCAGUUCGAGUCCACCGAUGCUCGUUCUGCUUUCCCAUGUUUUGAUGAACCUAACUGCAAGGCCUCUUUCACCAUCUCCAUUGAAGUCCCAAAAGAUUUACAAGUUUUAUCUAACAUGCCAUUGGACAAAGAGGUUGUCGCAGACAGCGACAAAGAAAACAAGCUUUUCACCUUUUGUCAAACCCCAAAGAUGUCAACUUAUUUGGUCGCUUGGGCUAUCGGACAAUUUGAGUAUGUUGAAUGUACCACAACUCGUGACUACAACGGGUCAAAACUUCCAAUCAGAGUUUACACUAUUCCGGGGCAAUCGCAUACGGGUAAGUAUGCCCUUGAGACUGCACAGAGUGCAGUAGAUUAUCUCUCUUCCAUCUUUGAGAUCGACUAUCCUCUUCCUAAGUUGGAUUUACUUGCUGUUCCUCAGUUCGGUGCCAAUGCUAUGGAAAAUUGGGGUCUCGUCAUGUUCCGUUCAACUGCACUCUUGUAUCACCCAGAAAAAUCAAGUGCUUUAUACAAGCAAAAAGUUUCAUAUGUUGUCUCUCAUGAAAUCGCCCAUUCAUGGUUCGGUAACUAUUGCACCAUGAACUGGUGGUCUGAUUUGUGGUUGAACGAAUCUUUUGCAACCUACGUUGGAUGGUUAUGUGUCGAUAACAUGCAUCCGGAGUGGGAUGUCUUUACCGAUUUCAUUUCAGGUUCUAUGCAAACAGCACUCGAUUUAGACAGCUUGAAAAAUUCUCAUCCUAUUGAAGUUCAGGUCUACCACUCUAACGAAAUCGAUGAAAUUUUCGACGCCAUUUCAUACUUAAAAGGUGGCUCCGUUGUCAGGAUGGUGGCUGAAUCUAUCGGUGUUGAACUAUUUUUGAAGGGUGUUUCCAAUUACUUGAAAAAAUACUCUUUUGGAAAUGCAAAAUCUGAUGAUUUAUGGGACUCCGUCAGUGAGGUGUCAGGCAAAAAUAUUACUGAAUUGGUUGAACCAUGGAUUAAAGCGAUUGGCUAUCCGGCUUUGAAAGUCGUGAAAAACAAAGACGGUAAAACUAUUAACAUCACGCAACAAAGAUUCUUGGUAGAAGGUGCAACCAAAGUGGACGAUUCGAUCACAUGGUGGAUUCCGAAUAUUGACAAUAUGCUGACGAAGGAAAAGGUCAUUGAUGCUCAAAACUUCUUGAAAUUGAAUAAGGACACUGCUGGUUUUUAUAGAGUCUUCUAUGAUGAUGAGCUAUUUGAAAACAUUGUCCAAAACUUGGGCAAGCUUUCAGACAAUGAUAAAAUUGGAUUGAUUGCAGACACAAGUGCUGGAGCAAGGGCUGGAAUAAUCAAAACAUCACAGUUUCUCAAGCUUGUUAGUCAAAUGAAGAGUGAGACACACGUCUCCGUUUGGAAUGAAAUCAUUGAAAGACUCAACAUUUUAAAGAAUGCAUUUUUCUCUGAUGAAGAGAUUUCUGAAAAGCUGAUUUUAUUCUCGAGAGAUUUAUACAAGAACAAAUUUGAAGAGUUGAUCAAAUCUGCCAAUCUUGAUUUCAAUGGACAACGUUUAGCAUCUGCACUAUUUGAACAGGCUGGUAUUUCUCAGUUCAACGUUGCUGUUACUAAGGCACUGAGUAUUUAUCAGUCCAAGGACAUAAAGCCACAUUUCAAGCAAGCUGUUUACAGGAUUUUGUUAGCAAAUGCUGAUACAUGUAACGAUGAUGUGUUCAACUCUGUUUUGGCAGAAGUCAGAGAGCCAAGCACCAUCGAUGGACGUGAAGUUGCCCUUAGGUCAUUGGGCUCGAUUAAUAAAGUGGACGAAUACUUGCCAAGCAUUUUGUCACUAUUCUUCGACGGAAGUGUUCCUGAAAUGGACUACCAAUUCUUGACCAUUCCAUUAGCUUCCAACUUCAAAACGAAGGUCUUUUUUUGGAACUAUUUCAAAGAUAAUUACCCCAAAUUCAGAAAUGACGUUUCGAUGUGGACGUUGGACCGUGUUGUGAAGGGGUUUUUGCCAAAGCUUGUUUCUAAAGAUCUUGUCCAAGAUGUCGAGUUAUUCUUCGAGAACAAGGAUAACAGCGGUUACGAAAAGGGUCUAAGACAAAGUUUAGACAGCAUGCGUAACGAUGUUCGUUGGAGGGAAAGGGCGCGUGGCGAUUUACUGGCCUGGUUCCAAAGCAAUGGGUAUUGA